AUGGCUGCUCCGAAUAUAAUGUCUCAAUCCACUGAUGUACUAAUGCAGAAAAAGUUGAAUGAACUUGCAGUAUAUCUGGAACGCGAGUUGGAUUCAAAGCCUAAAUUGGAGUGCAAGCACGAAAGUGCAAAAAUCUGUGCUCUAAACCAGCGGUUUUCCAUCGACUCAAGUGACGGCAAACCCCCGGAAGGCAAAUCUUUGCAUCAUUCGCCUGCUAACAGGAAAACGAAACAUCAAACCAAAAAAUCUGUCUCUUCCAAUGAGAGUACGCCUCGGAGUUCAAUCCCAGUUACAUUUGCUCAGGAAGAGGAUGUGAAUUCGAGGCUUAGUAGAACUGCGAAUUGUUGUAUAGGAGCAGAUUUUUCAAACACGGGAGAUGCUGCUUGUCAUGCCGGUUUUUUGGACAUGGAGGAAGAAAUUAACGUGUUGAAAGUAAGAAAUUCGGAGCUUUUGGAGAGAUGUCGUGUUCUUGAAAAUGACUUAUGUCGUACCACAGAUGAAAGAGAUAAAUUGUCUGGAAAAAUGAAGCGAAUGUUCGAUGCUGUGGCAAAAGUUCAUGAAGAUGUCACGGCUGAGAAGACCAGGCGAGUGCAUUUGAGGGUUUUAUGA